GCGGGCCGCGCGGCGCAUCCUGCGGGCGCGCGGCGCGGGCGCGCGGCGCCGGCAGCCGGGCGCAAGAUGAUGAAGUUUCGGUUCCGGCGGCAGGGCGCCGACCCGCAGCGCGAGAAGCUCAAACAGGAGCUCUUCGCCUUCAACAAGACUGUGGAGCAUGGCUUCCCCAACCAGCCCAGCGCCUUGGCCUUCGACCCUGAACUUCGUAUCAUGGCCAUCGGCACCAGGUCUGGGGCUGUCAAGAUCUAUGGUGCACCUGGGGUGGAGUUCACAGGCCUGCACCGCGACACGGCCACUGUCACACAGAUGCACUUCCUGCCCGGCCAGGGCCGCCUCCUGACCCUGCUGGACGACAGCAGCCUGCACCUCUGGGAGAUCAUCCACCAUAACGGCUGUGCCCACCUGGAGGAAGCACUCAGUUUCCAGCUGCCCAGCCGGCCUGGCUUUGAUGGUGCCAGUGCUCCACCUAGCCUCAUGCGUGUCACUGUGGUCCUGCUGGUGGCUGCUGGCGACAUGGCAGCCCUGGGCACUGAGGGCGGCAGUGUCUUCUUCCUGGACGUUACCACCCUGACGCUGCUUGAGGGACAGACCCUUGGUCCAGACGAGGUUCUGCGCAGCUUGCCGGAUGACUACCGGUGUGGGAAGGCGUUGGGCCCCGUGGAGUCACUUCAGGGACACCUGCGGGACCCCACCAAGAUUCUGAUUGGCUACAGCCGGGGCCUGCUGGUCAUCUGGAACCAGGCUGCGCGGUGUGUAGACCAUGUCUUCCUGGGGAACCAGCAGCUGGAAAGCCUGUGCUGGGGCCGCGAUGGCAGUACUGUCACCAGUUCACACAGUGAUGGUAGCUAUGCUGUCUGGUCUCCAGAGGUUGGCAGCUCCCUGGCACUGCAGCCCACGGUAGCCACCACACCCUAUGGCCCCUUUCCCUGCAAGGCCAUCAACAAGAUUCUGUGGCGGAACUGUGAAUCCGGGGGCCACUUUAUCAUCUUCAGUGGUGGCAUGCCCCGUGCCAGCUAUGGUGACCGCCACUGUGUGAGUGUGCUGCGAGCCGAGGUACUGGUGACACUUGAUUUCACCUCCCGCAUCAUCGACUUCUUCACAGUGCACAGCACUCGGCCCGAGGAUGAAUAUGAUGAUCCCCAGGCCUUGGCUGUGCUGCUCGAAGAGGAACUGGUGGUGCUUGACCUUCAGACGCCUGGCUGGCCGGCUGUGCCUGCCCCGUACCUGGCCCCGCUGCACUCGUCUGCUAUCACCUGCUCGGCCCAUGUUGCCAACGUCCCUGCCAAGCUGUGGGCCCGCAUUGUGAGCGCCGGCGAGCAGCAGAGCCCCCAGCCUGCCUCCAGUGCCUCGAGUUGGCCCAUCACUGGGGGCCGGAGCCUGGCCCAGGAACCAUCACAGCGAGGGCUGCUGCUGACUGGCCACGAGGACGGUACUGUACGGUUCUGGGAUGCCUCAGGCGUGGCACUGCGGCCACUCUACAAGCUGAGCACGGCUGGCCUCUUCCAGACGGACUGUGAGCAUGCCGACAGCCUGGCCCAGGCUGCCGAGGAUGACUGGCCGCCCUUCCGCAAGGUGGGUUGUUUUGACCCCUACAGUGAUGAUCCCCGGCUCGGUGUGCAGAAGGUCUCGCUCUGCAAGUACACAGCCCAGAUGGUGGUGGCUGGCACUGCAGGCCAGGUGCUGGUGCUGGAGCUCAGCGACGUGCCCUCGGAGCACGCGGUCAGCGUGGCCAGUGUGGACCUCCUCCAGGACCGUGAGGGCUUCACGUGGAAGGGCCACGAGAGGCUGAGUCCGCGCACAGGACUGCUGCCUUGGGCUGCUGGCUUCCAGCCCCGUGUGCUGGUGCAGUGCCUGCCGCCAGCCGCUGUCACUGCUGUCACGCUCCACACCGAGUGGGGCCUUGUGGCCUUUGGCACCAGUCAUGGCUUUGGCCUCUUCGACUACCAGCGCAAGAGCCCUGUGCUGGCCAGGUGCACUCUUCACCCCAACGACUCCCUGGCCAUGGAGGGACCACUCUCCCGAGUGAAGUCGCUCAAGAAGUCACUGCGCCAGUCUUUCCGGCGCAUCCGCAAGAGCCGUGUCUCUGGCAAGAAGCGGGCUGCUAAUGCCAACAGCAAGUUGCAGGAGGCCAACGCGCAGCUGGCCGAGCAGGCCUGCCCCCACGACGUGGAGAUGACACCUGUGCAGCGCCGCAUUGAGCCCCGCUCUGCCGAUGACUCCCUCUCAGGCGUGGUGCGCUGCCUCUACUUUGCUGACACAUUCCUUCGAGAUGCUGCUCACCACGGGCCCACCAUGUGGGCAGGCACCAACUCAGGCUCCGUGUUUGCCUACGCGCUGGAAGUGCCGGUGGCAGCAGGGGCAGGCAGCGAGAAGCGGCCCGAGGGGACGGUGGAGGCUGUGCUGGGCAAGGAGGUGCAGCUCAUGCACCGGGCGCCCGUGGUGGCCAUUGCCGUGCUGGAUGGGCGUGGCCGCCCGCUGCCCGAGCCCUACGAAGCCUCGCGGGACUUGGCACAGGCACCUGACAUGCAGGGCGGUCAUGCUGUGCUCAUUGCAUCUGAGGAGCAAUUCAAGGUGUUCACACUGCCCAAGGUGAGCGCCAAGACCAAGUUCAAGCUGACAGCCCAUGAAGGCUGUCGAGUGCGCAAGGUGGCACUGGCCACGUUUGCUAGUGUCGCCUGUGAGGACUAUGCUGAGACCUGCCUGGCUUGCCUCACCAACCUGGGUGACGUCCACGUCUUCUCGGUGCCUGGCCUGCGGCCCCAAGUGCACUACUCCUGUAUCCGGAAGGAGGACAUCAGUGGCAUCGCCUCGUGUGUCUUCACGCGCCACGGCCAGGGUUUUUACCUGAUUUCCCCGUCAGAAUUUGAACGCUUCUCCCUAAGUGCCCGGAACAUCACAGAGCCACUCUGUUCUUUGGACAUCAGCUGGCCCCGCAAUGCCACCCGGGCCAGGCUCCGAGAGUCACCCAAGCUGAGCCAGGCUAAUGGGACCCCAAGCAUCAUCCUGGCCCCACAGAGCUGUGACGGGAGCCCGGAUCCAGCCCACAGCAAGGGCACCGACACCUCAGAGCCAUUGGAGGCCGUGCUUUCACCCAUGUCUGUCGACUCGGCCACCAGUGCUGACACCACGCUAGACACAACAGGGGACGUCACGGUGGAGGAUGUGAAGGAUUUCCUGGGCUCUUCCGAGGAAUCGGAGAAGAAUCUGAGGAACCUAGUGGAAGAUGAGGCCCGGGCCUGCGCCAUCCUGAUCAAAUGAGGUGCUGCAGGGGUGAGGCCCUGGGUCUACCUGGUCCUCACUACUCAGUAGUGUCCACCCUUCAGGCCCUGUCUGGACCCCACAGGACCUGCCCCCACCCUGGUCUUGCACCUGGAACACUGGCACUCCCUGAAACCUGCUGCCUUCCAUGGGAUGUCCCAACAGGGGCUUCAGGGGCUCACACAUGUAAUUUACAUAGUUGGGUAUUAGAAAAGCAGGGCCAGCCCAUCAUUCCUUGCAUGUCAUGGGUGGUAGUUGGAACAAGAUCAGAUUAAGCCACUCAGAGGUGGCAGCAGUUUGGGGCUUGGGAGGGCUGGUUUUGCCAGCCUGUUUCACAGGCAGGAUUAUGAGGUAUACAAGGUCAGGUCCUGCCACUGAGCCCAGUCAGAGACUGACUUGCUCCUGGCUAAGUGUCAGUGUGGGUCCACAGAUCUGCCCACCCCAUUUGCUGCCUCAUGCCUCCAUCCAUCUGACCAGAAGCCACAGCCCCACCCUGCACUGGGCACAGAUAGCCCUGGUUCCCUUUUCGUCUGGCACCCUCCCUGGCCUCAGUGGGUUGUGUGUGGUCCUGUGCUUGGACACCCACCUUAAGAGACUCAUCGAGGCCAUCUCAGGCUGUCACAGAAGGGCUGUGUCUGCCCUCUGGGCCCCUCUCACCUCCUGAUCCCUCUUCUUUCCCUCUCCUAGGAAGGCCAGAACUAUCCCAAACUACCGCUGUCCUGCUCGGAGCUAGGGUCCUGGAUCCCUGGCUCCUGCCUGGUCCCUUAACAUAGAUCCACACCUGCUAACCUGUGGGCUCCAAUGGGACCUGCCAUCCUGUCCCUGCUGACCCUGGCCCUGGAGCAGCACCAGCUCCAGGGUGUGGGCCCAGGAGUCUGCAUCCUCCUAUAGGCAGUUGGCUGCCCUGGAGGCUGCUGCCUCAGGGAGAGGACAGGUGGGGCCCAGGACCCUACGCCACUUCCCACUCCACACCGUCCUCCCCCCUCCCUUUGCAAAGAGUAUUUUUCUAACGCCUGGGCGGGACAGUCAUUUCUAAAACUAUUUUGGUACUUGUUCCUGGACCACCCCUGGCCUGUGUGUGAGUGCACACGUGUGUGUGGACGUGACUGGGAACCCUGCUGGGCACUCAUGACCCGGCCCAGUUGGGUGUGUGUGUGUGGAGGGGGUGGUCAGGAUGGGUUUCCCUGUAGAUUGUACCACGGGGUUUUUUUCUGUCAUUUUGUUAAAAUUAGCGCCGUUUUAAUAUUAAAAGUACUGAUUUUUAAUAUUGAAAAUAAAAGCAUUUAAUAUCUC